GGGGGGGCGGAGCGGGGGCCGCGCUCAGCCGGGGCCGCCGCCGUCUGCGGAGGGGCCCGGGCGGCGCGGGGGCUGCGGAACGAGGAGUUCGCAGUGUUGCCCGUGCGAGGAGAAGUCCCGGAGCUGGAAUCGCUCACAUAACCCUGAAAGAUGAAGGCAGCAGAUGAGCCUGCCUACCUGACAGUGGGGACUGAUGUCAGUGCCAAGUACCGAGGUGCCUUCUGUGAGGCAAAGAUCAAGACGGUGAAGAGGCUUGUGAAAGUCAAGGUGGUCUUGAAGGGGGAUAACUCAACUCAGUUAGUGCAAGAUGACCAAGUGAAAGGACCUCUAAGAGUUGGAGCAAUGGUUGAAACCAAAAUGCCCGAUGGAUCUUUUCAGGAAGCAGUUAUCAGCAAGCUGACAGAUGCCAGUUGGUACACUGUAGUUUUUGAUGACGGUGAUGAAAGGACCUUGAGACGAACUUCAUUAUGCUUGAAGGGAGAAAGGCACUUUGCAGAAAGUGAGACACUUGAUCAACUGCCACUAACCAAUCCAGAGCACUUUGGAACUCCAGUUAUUGGGAAGAAAUCAAACAGAGGGAGAAGAUCUUCUCUUCCUGUUACUGAAGAUGAAAAGGAAGAAGAAAGUAGUGAAGAAGAGGAUGAAGAUAAGAGGCGCCUCAACGAUGAAUUGCUUGGCAAGGUUGUGAGUGUGACUUGUAAUUCAGAGAAGGCAGACUGGUACCCAGCUUUGGUGGUGUCACCGAGCUGCAAUGACGAUGUCACGGUGAAGAAGGACCAGUGUUUAGUUCGAUCCUUUGCAGAUUCCAAAUUUUACUCAAUAGCAAGAAAAGACAUUAAGGAACUAGAUCUUCAAAACUUACCAAAAUCAGAGUCCUCUCCUAAAAAAGGGCUACAGGAGGCAAGCACGUUUCUCAGCACCAAGGCUGUGCCUCGGAACUGGAAAAUGGACAUCAGUGAGAUCCUGGAGUCCUCCAGCAGUGAUGAGGAGGAUGGAGCUGCUGCAGAAACUGAUGAAGAGGAGCCAAAAAGAGAAGAGAAAACAGAAGAAGUAGCGCCUGAGGAAGAGCUUGAUCCUGAAGAGAGGGACAACUUCCUCCAACAGCUUUACAAGUUUAUGGAAGACAGAGGUACUCCUAUCAAUAAACCACCAGUUCUGGGCUACAAGGACCUUAACCUCUUCAAACUUUUUAGGCUGGUUUAUCAGCAGGGUGGGUGUGACAAUAUUGAAAGUGGUGCUGUAUGGAAGCAAAUUUAUAUGGACCUUGGCAUUCCUAUUUUGAACUCAGCUGCUUCCUACAACGUAAAAACUGCUUAUAGAAAGUAUCUUUAUGGUUUUGAAGAGUACUGCCGUUCUGCAAACAUUCAGUUUAGGACCAUCCAUCACAAUGAACCAAAAGUGGUAGAAGAGACACAGAAACACGUGGAACCAAUGGAGGAAAGUGUGAAAGAGGAACAAAAAAUGCCCCCAACAGAAGUUAAAAAAGAAGCAGAAGAAAAUUAUUCCAGCAGUGAAAGUGAGAAAGAAGAAAUUGAACUAAGAUCCCCAAGGGGACGAAGAAGACUUGCCCGGGAUGCAGCCCCUGCUAAAAAAGAUGGUGAAGAGGAUAAAACCCAAGACAAAUUAAAAGACAGUAACAAAGAAAACAAAGAUGUAGAGGAAACACCUGAGAAUGCAGAAAAGAAAGAAAAUGAAACUCCUCUAGGGAAGAAAAGCACACCAAAGCAAAAAGAGAAGAAAAUUAAAAAACAGGAGGAUUCUGAUAAAGAGUCAGAUGAAGAGGAAGAGAGGCAGAGGGAGAGGGAAGAAAUUGAGAACAAAGGAGAAUCAGAAGGUGAAGAAGAUGAGGAGGACACAGAACCCUGCCUGACUGGAACCAAAGUGAAAGUAAAAUAUGGACGUGGAAAGACUCAAAAAAUUUAUGAAGCCAGUAUUAAAAGCACAGAAAUUGAUGAUGGAGAGGUUUUAUAUUUAGUUCAUUACUACGGUUGGAAUGUAAGGUAUGAUGAAUGGGUGAAAGCUGAUCGGAUUAUCUGGCCAGUGGAAAAAGGAGGACCAAAGAGAAAACAGAAGAAAAAAACAAAGAAUAAAGAAGAUGGUGAAAAGGAUGAGAAGAAGGACGAGGAGAAACAAAAAUCCAAGCGUGGGCGGCCCCCUCUGAAAUCCACUCUCCCUUCCAACACGUCCUGCAGCCUCCCCAAAACGCCCAACAGCGAAGCAACACCUCGCAGGCAGACCAGACGUAGCUCAGGAAUGUUUGAUUCUGAUAGAGGAUCAAACGACUCUGGCACAUCUGACAGUGAAGCAGAUGAGUCAUCUGAAAAGAAUUUGAAUGAAGAAUUUUCUCCAGAAACUUCAGAACUGGAAAAAAGUGAAAAACUCCGUGAUGAGAAACUGGAUGAGGAAAACCCAAAGAUUUCUCAUGUGCUGAAGGAAAACGACAGGACUCAAGUACAGCAGCUAGAAACACUGAAACUGGAAGUUGAGGAAAGUGAACAAAUUGUUCAAAUUUUUGGAAAUAAAACGGAUCAAAUGGAAGAAAUCAAAAGAGAGGUUGAAAAAUCACCGAAGGGAAAAGGGAGAAGGAGCAAGACAAAAGAUUCCUCAUUGGAGAAUGCAAAGAUUGCACCAGGAAGCCAGGAAGAGGUGGCAAAUGAAUCUCUUACAGAACCUGAAAGGUUAGAUGUGUCUUCCUUGGACUGUAAAGACAUUUCCAGCACUACUGAAAGUGAAACAGAGCCCUCCACAAAAGAUAAGAAACUUUUGAAAAGGAAAACUUUGGAACAGGCAUCACCUGAGAAGAGAAACAGGCGAGAGAGUGAGAUGGAAGUGCCAAAUAUUGUAUCUGAAGAGAGGACCAAUGAAUGUAGUGGAGCAGAGGAAUGUAGAGGGCUGAAUGCUGAGGAGUCCCUCAGAACUGAGAACGAGGAGAUGCCGUCCCUGGUGGCGGAAUCAGCUCCGCACGGUGCGGAGCUGAGGAACGACAGCUUCCAACGGCCGGCCGAAGCCAGCGAGAGCCUUCCCUUGAAAGAUGAGGAUGACACAAUGCCUCAGAUUGGUCCUGAAACCUUGCUGUGCCAUGAAGUAGACCUGGAUGACUUGGAUGAGAAGGAGAAGAGCAGCACUGAAGAUGCAACAGCAGAAAAGCCAGACCCCAAUGCUUCUAACUCUGCCCCCACUGCCUUAGCCCCCGGCGUCCCCUCGAGCUUCCCGGUGGCCUCUCCUCUGGCCCUCAGCCAGGACGAGUCCCGCAGCAUCAAGAGCGAGAGUGACAUGACCAUUGAGGUGGACAGUGUGGCAGAAGAGUCUCAGGAAGGGCUCUGUGAGAGUGAGUCUGCCAAUGGAUUCGAGGCCAGCACCACGUCGAGCAAUUGCAGCAUAGCGGGGCAGGAGAGGGAGACGGGAGAGAAAGGUCAAAAAAGACCCAGUGACAGCAAUAGUGGAACACUGGCAAAAAAGCAAAAGCGAACUCCAAAGCGAACCAGUGCUGCAGCCAAAAAUGAAAAGAAUGGAACAGGACAAAGCAGUGACAGUGAGGAUCUCCCUGUCCUGGACAGUUCCAGUAAGUGUACUCCUGUCAAACACAUCAAUGCAUCCAAACCCCAGAAGAUUUCCCGCUCCCCUGCCAGGGUGAUUUCUCCUCACAUCAAGGAUGGAGAGAAGGACAAGCACAGGGACAAGCACCACCACCAGAAUGCUUCACCCAGAGUCUACAAAUGGAGCUUCCAGCUCAAUGAACUGGACAAUAUGAGCAGCACUGAAAGGAUCUCCUUCCUCCAAGAAAAGCUCCAGGAGAUCCGAAAAUACUACAUGUCCUUGAAGUCAGAAGUAGCAACCAUAGACAGGAGAAGGAAACGAUUGAAAAAGAAAGACAGAGAAGUGUCCCACACAGGAGCAUCCAUGUCAUCUGCUUCCUCAGACACUGGAAUGAGCCCCUCAUCAUCCUCUCCUCCCCAGAACGUGCUGGCUGUGGAGUGCAGGUGAUAAACAUUUCUCUGCCUUGCCAGCAGCUCUCUGCCAUGGACAUAAACCCUGAAAUUCUGCCACAGAAAGCACUCAACUGGUUGGACAUUGCCAAGUAUAUCCUGUACACACUUCCACUGCUGGACUGUACCUGUUCCCCCCUCCUACCCUCUUCUUUUGUUUAAUUUACUGUUCAGAGAACUUAAGCUCAUUGGUAACUGAAGGUUUGUAGGCACAACGUGGCAUCCUUGUAAUUGUGUUUGUUUUUGUUUCUUGUUUGUUUCUUUUUGUUUUGUUUUGGUUUUUUUUCCUAACACAGAGGAAGGGCACUUAUCAAAUUUGCAAAGUUAAUGUCCAAUGAAGCAUUCA